UGGAAGCAAAAGACAGAAAAGGAACUUUUGCCCCGAGCCAAAGCACAUACGCGGAAUCGCGGAAUCGGGAGGGUGGAGGCGUGUCUGUGUUUCAUAUUCUUCUGGUGCUCUUGUAGCGCGUAUUGGGGGGGGGGGGAGCUGGAUUUUCCUUGCUCGCAAAUCGUGCUUCGGGCGUGUCAAAACUCUGCAGUCAUGCCAUUUUGCGUGACGCCUGUCUUAAAUGCUGUGUUAAGUUGUUUCGGGUAA